AGUAGUUGGUAUGGUCCGAGACAGCAUGGCUGCUGCACUUCGGCCUUCGAAUCGAGUUCAGGCGCUGCAGAUUUUGGUGUAUCCUGGGGUGGGAGGCUCCGGCUCUGUCAGCUGCCGCUGCCCUUUCGGAGCUAAAAGAUACCUACUUACAGAUAAUGUGGUGAAAUUAAAAGAAUUUCAACAAAAGAAAGUGGCUGUUGCAUGUAAUCUUUCUGGCACUAAAGAAACGUAUUUUAGAAACUUGAAAGAGAAACUGACCCAGAACAAGCUCAUCUUGAAGGGGGAGUUGAUAACCUUACUUCAUUUGUGUGAGUCCCGGGACCAUGUGGAGCUGGCUAAAAAUGUCAUUUACAGGUACCAUGCAGAGAACAAAAAUUUCACUUUGGGGGAGUAUAAAUUUGGACCGCUUUUUGUGAGGUUGUGUUACGAGUUGGAUCUUGAGGAAUCUGCAGUGGAGCUCAUGAAAGACCAGCAUUUACGAGGUUUCUUCUCAGACUCCACAUCAUUCAAUAUUUUGAUGGAUAUGUUAUUUAUCAAAGGCAAAUAUAAAAGUGCUUUGGAAGUAUUGAUAGAGAUGAAAAACCAAGAUGUGAGGUUCACGAAAGAUACCUAUGUUCUUGCUUUUGCAAUUUGCUACAAACUGAAUAGCCCUGAGUCUUUCAAAAUCUGUACUACAUUAAGAGAAGAAGCUCUACUCAAAGGAGAAAUUCUCUCCAGGAGAGCAUCCUGUUUCGCUGUGGCAUUAGCUUUGAAUCAGAAUGAGGUGGCAAAAGCUAUGUCCAUUUUUUCUCAAAUCAUGAAUCCAGAAAGCAUAGCCUGCACUAAUUUAAAUAUUAUAAUCCAUAUCCAGUCAAAUAUGUUGGAAAACCUGAUAGAGACUCUAAAAAAUGCUGCAGAAGAAAAUUUAUCAAAAUUUGUGAAAAGACGUGCGUUCUCAGAGGAAGUGCUGGCCAAAGUGAGGGAAAAAGUGAAGGAUGUGCCUGCCCUUGUGGCCAAAUUUGAUGAGAUCUAUGGGACACUGCACAUCACUGGCCAGAUCACCACUGAUUCUUUGGAUGCUGUGCUCUGCUACACCCCCAGGGACAGGAAAUCCCACACAUUGCUAUUAAACAAGAAGAUGGUCAGCCGUCGCACCUUCCAGCCACUCAGCCAGUCCCUGUUGGCUGAGUAACCCUGGUUUCAGUCCACCUAUGGAUCUGAGGGGCCUGCUUCUAGUGAGUUACUGUCUUUCCUGAGAAGCCAGGCAUCGCACUUCAGCAGACAGUGUGCUGACACUUGGUCUUCUCCUGAAAUUCCCAAAUUCACUGAAUGGUACCAUGCCGAUCUCUGAGAAGUUAUGUUGCAGCACUGUGAAGGUCUAGAUGCAAGCUUGGCUCCCUCAGAAAGGCGCUUCCCUUUUGCAUGGCUGAGGAUCCUUGAAGGAACAUGGUCAGUCUCCAGUUCAGCUUCCGGCACCAGAGUGGAACCCAGUAAGCACCAUCAGGAAUGAAUUUCACUACAAGUGUGGACAACUCUGAUUUUCAAAGGAGUAGUUACUUGCAAAUUAUAUCCUUGCUGAAUUCAGAUCUGAAACCCUAUUUUACCAUGUUAGAAAACAGCCCAGGAUUUUCUCAUUGCUCUGCCGUCAUAUAUGUCUAUGACUUGAGCCCUCAUUUUUCCAUCUGCAAAACAAUAAUGCCUAUGUGUAUUUGCAUAUAGAUUUGAAAUCUUCAUUCAAGGUUUAGUAGGAUCAGAUUUUCUCAAAAACAAGAGAAAUAAGGUUCAUAAGCAAACUUGAUGGGAUUGUGGUUGUUUUGUUUUCUCAGCAGCACAAACAAAACCAGAAUUUAGUGUUUAGGACUGCUGAGUAAGCCAAAUUUAAAUGACUACUGCUUUGAUCAUGGGUAAGCCAUGUGCUUUUCAAAAUAAGUGCCACUAAAAACCACAUAAUGCUUAGGUUUCUAUGUGGAUAAUAAAUAUUUAGCCCUAUAGUUUACCUUAUUUGUUAAUGAUUUUUCUCUCUUGAAUGCCUCAUAUUAAAAAAAAAUGUGCCAUGAGAGCAGUUCAAAGCUGCUUCAUACUUAUGAUGGUCUGAAAUACAGUAUGUGUUGAAUUUUACUUUAUCUGGUCACCAGUAAGCAGAAGAUACACAGUGACCCCACCUCCCUUGCUCCUUUUGUUUCAGAAAGCCCAGAGGUUGCUCAGACCUCAGGAGCUGUCUGCCAAGAUUGCUGCAGACUCUUCAUUGCCACCUGUAAAACUAAGACUGUUCACUUGGUGGUUGUUCUGAGGCAAGGAUUAUAGAAUCAGAAAUUGUAGACUAGGAGAAGUCUUCUGAGUCUCCUAAUUAAUUCCUUCAUCUUUCAGGUUGAGGAAACGAUCCAUGCAAGACAGGCCCAAUCUCAACUGUAGACUGUGUCCCGGUAAGAGAGUCACAGCUUCAGGUGUUUGCUGAAUCCAGGUCUGAGAUCACAAUCUCACCUGAGGACAGGAUCCACAUAUGAGAGUCACACACUGGCAUAAUUGAUUUGUGGUAGAGUUGAGAUUAGAAUCCAGAUUCCUAGUCUAAUAUCCUUCCCACUAUACUACAUUGUCUCUUUUCAGAGGAGAAAAAGGAGCAGCUCUUAAGAAACAGAAUAACAAGGGCCCCCAUGACUGUGUGGCCCUGGGCAUCCUCAGUUUCCUCAUUUGGUAAAUGGGGAUAAUAGUACCUGCCUCUUAGGCUUGGUGUGAGGAUGAAAUGAGAUAGGGAAUAAAAAGCAAGCAGAUAGUGGCUGGCACAUAGUACAUGCAAUAUGUUCGAAACUAGUUAAGGAAUUAUAAAAACAAAUGAGUUCUUCCUUCUGCUCAAAAAUAUUGAAUUUCUUUUCCUUGUGCUCUGUGAAACAUUGAACAGCCCCAUUUAGAGAAACAAAUUCUCUGCCCUGAUAGAAUCCUAAUGGUUUCUGUAUGUGUCUGGUGUUUUGCACAUGCAAAAAAAAAAAAAAAGUGCUUGGAUUUCUCCACUUUCAGUCUUAGGGAAUAAUAGGGCAUGCUUCCUGUCCCCUCAACUUACUUUUCAUCUUCUCCAACUCUCACAGUUCAAAUGGCUCCAGUGCUGUGAGUGAGUGUAGCCUUGGUUGUUAGCUAACAACCGUUCAUUAGCAAAAUAACCAAAUUUUGUGAGCAGUAAAUAGCAACAAGCUUCCCAAUCCCUGCUGCCCUGAGCAGCAGGUGGCUGCUUCUCAGCCGACUGGAAAAACUGGUCCAUUCCACCUGUUCCCAGAAACCUUAGUACAGAGGUAACUAUAUGCAUAAUGUUCACCCCAAAGUAAUAGAUGAUUUUAAAGUCUUAAAAAUCCAAUAAAAAAGUGUUCAGUAUAGGUUAUGAUGGGCAUUUCAUUCUUUAAAACUCAGUAAUUCCUUUGAAAAAAUGGUGUUUCUUUAUAAGCAGUAGUUUGCCUAUAUCAUUUACUUGUUUUUUUCUGCUUUGGGUUUUUUUUUUUUUGAGACACAAUUUCACUCUGUCGCCCAGGCUGAAGUGCAGUGGUGUGAUCUCAGCUCACUGCAACUUCUGCCUCCUGGGUUCAAGCAAUUCUCAUGCCCCAGCCUCCCAAGUAGCUGGGAAUACAGUUGUGUGCCACCACACUGGCUUAUUUUUUGUAUUUUUUUUAGUAGAGAUGGGGUUUCACCAUGUUGGCCAGGCUGGUCUCUAACUCUUAUCCUCAAGUGAUCUGCCUGCCUUGGCCUCCCAAAGUGCUGGGAUUACAGGCAUGAGCCACCACACCUGGCCUACUUAUCCCAUUAACGAAAAUAUUUGAUUGGACAGAACAUCUUAUUCCUUAACUCCGUUAUGUGCUUUUGUAGAUUGUUUUUACUUACUAUAGAUGUCUGUUGUUCCAGAGUCCCAGAAAUCAGUAUGGUGAGUUCAGCACAGUUACUAGAAGGAGACAAAAAGAUAUCUUCUUAAUUAGGUGAUAUCAGGGAUAGUUCUGGUUAUUGAUUGCUGUGUGGAAAACACUCCAAAACUCAGUGACUUUAAACAACACCAGUCAUUGAGUUAUUUCUCAUUAUCCUAAGUACUGACUGGGCUCAGCCAGACAGUUCUUAUUCAGGUUCUCAUGCAGUUAUAGUCAUCAUCAGAUUGUGGCCGGGACUGGAAUAAUCUCAAAGGCUUCCUUAGUAUUUCUGGCAGUUGAUGCUAGGACCUCAGCUAGUGCUGGGGCUGGAACAUAUCUACACAUAGCUUCACCACAGCAUGGUGGCUAGGUACUAUGAGUGACUGUCCCAAGAGGACCAGGCAGAAGCAGUUACAUUUUAUGACCUAGUCUCAGAAGUCACAUAAUAUCACUUCCACUAAAGUCCCAAGCCCCCCCAGAUUCAAAUGGAAGGAGCAUAUAUCCCAUCUCAGUGGUAGGAAUUUCAAAGAAUAAAUUCUAUGAAACUGUCAUAGAUAGUCUGUUUUCUCCCCUGUUUAAAACCUCCUGAGGACCACACAUGCUUCUGGAUAAAGCUCAGGCUCUUCAACAUGGUUUAGAAGGUCCUUCCUAAUCUGGCCCACAUUUGUCCAUCCAGCUCCAACUCUUGCUACUCUACGCCCGUCUUCCCCUCUUGUGGAAUGGCUAACUCCUACUCAUCAUUCAGGUCUCAGCUUAGACAUCUUUUCAUCUGAGAAGGCUUUCUGGUCUAGCUCACCUGGUUAGGUGAACUCCCCAUGUGCCCCAUGUACCUCAUUUAUCAAAGUGCUUAUCAUAUGCCUGUCACCGUCUGUUUUCUUCACUAGACUCAGGUGCCAUGUCUGUCCUUUCUGCUCUGUUUGCUGGGUGCCUAGCAUGGUAGGGAAUGUAUCAGAGGAUUAGUACUUAUUUAACUCAUCAGCUCAUUUAACUAUAUUGUAUAACAAUGUUGGUGGUCAUAUUAGUCCCCCAUGGACAGCUUUUCCUCUCUAAUACCAUACACUCAGUGCAGGGUCUGAAUGUCCCCCCAAACUCAUAUGUUGAAAUCCAAAUCCCCAAGGUGUUGGUAUUAGAUGAUGUAGCCUUUGGGAGGGAAUUAAGGUGGUGCCCUCAUGAAUGGGAUUUGUGCCAUUAUAAAACAAGCCCAAAGAAAUUUGGUCGCCCCUUCCUUUAAUCGAGGACAUGGCAAAAAGCCACUGUCUAUGAACCAGAAAGUGGGCUCUCACUAGACACCAAAUGCCGGCGUCUUGUUCUUGGAUUUCCCAGCCUUCAGAACUGUGAGAAAUAUAUUUCUGUUAUUUAUAAGCCACCCAGUUUUUGGUGUUUUGUUAUAGCAGCCUGAAGAGACUAAGACAGCCAGUCCCAACCUUCCACAUUUAGACCUGACUCCAAGUUUUGCUCAGCCCACUGUGUAUCCCUUCCUCCUCCCAACUAAAGUGUCCCCACUCUCUAUCCUGUUCUGCCUAUUAUUCAAGGUCUAACUCGUGUCACUUUUUCAGUGAGGCAUUUGCAAGCUCUUUAAAUCCUCAAGGAUUCUCCAUUCAUUCACCAUAUCUAUUUUGAGAAUCUACAAAGGACAAGGCACUACAAAAGACUCUACAUGCCACAGGGAAAAGACAGAAAAGAUCUCUGUCCCAACACAGAAAAUUUUAGCCUGCCACGUUGACUCCCAGGGACCUUUUUGUUUCUGUAGGAGAUGCUCAUUACAGAGUGGUCAAAUUCCUACUGAAGAAUGGACUUGGUUGUGAAAUAAAACAAUCCUGGGCCAUAUUUGUUGAUAGUUUUGUUGAGGAUGAUUCAUGAAGUAAAUACAAACUUUAACUACUCAUAAUGAAUAUUGUUGGGAUAUUAUAAUGAGGAGAUAAGGAUGUACCUGCUACAAUUCGGGUAGGCAAAAAUGUAGGCUUCUCUAUUUAUUUGCAGUGAACUAAAACUUCUUAUGAACUCUGGUUAUACUGAAAACAGGAGUCAUGGGAGACUUGAUCCUGCUUAAAGGAUAUUUUAGUCUUUGAUUUCUUUGAGGUAAAUGUUCAAUCUUUUUGCGUAUCUUCCUCCUACCUUUUCCUAGCCAAGAUGAUAGCUGAGUAUAAGGCUGUGGCUCUUAAACCUGAACAGGCAUCAGAAUCACUUGGAGAGCUUGUUAAAAUACAGAUUGAUGGGCUCCACCCCCAGAAUAUCUGAUUCCAUACAUAUGAGUCAGGGCCCAAGAAUUUGCAUUACAGAUGCAUUCUCAGAUGAUGCUGUUGCUAGUCUGGGCAACACACUUUAAGAAUAGUUGGUAUAACAGAAAGCUUGUGUGUCUCUGUGGACAGGAGUUGUGGGCUUCAGAUUCAUCCUCUGUGUCCUCUGGUCUCAGUUGUGAGGAGGGGGAAGAGUGGGAAGUCUGGCCUUGUCUCUGGACUCCUGAGUAAAUAAUGUGCUGAGGUAGUGUUGGGCCCAACAGGCCUUUUAGAGGGUCAUGCCAGCACCCACUGCUGAGGUCUGUAGUCUCUGCCGUCUGCCCUACACAUAAUAAGUACCUUUCCUCUGCUGUUCUCUCAUGCUGACCCCAAGCCCACCAAUGAAUUAAUUGAAUCAAGAGUUCCAAGGCAUUAGGAUUUAAAGACAAUGAAAAAUAUAUCCAUUUAUUUUUUUCAAAUAUACAUAAAGAAAUCCAUGCAAACUAAGGCCAGUUGUGGCAAAACUACAUGAGACUUGACUAAAAUAACCCACAAUUCACAUUUCCUUCAUAACAUUUCUACCUAUAAAUUUGAUUCAGAGAAAUUACACUUCAUAGAUAAACUAACCAUAAAAAAGAUUAUAGCGGCAAAAGCUAUCAUCAGUAACAUUUGAUAUGCAUAAGAAACUGUGAGGAACCAAAUCAUGGUAAAAUUGAUUCUAGGGAAAUGAUUUCACAAAAAUAAAAGUGAAAUGAUAUUUUUUAAAAGGAAGUGGUUCAACUGUAUUGCAUAGAAAAUGAAUCAAGGAAUUACAUUGGCUUAAAUGGCAUUAGCUCAAAAAAGUGUUCUCAAAAAUUAAUGGAAAUUGGUGUAUUCUGAUUGAGAUAUGUUUUAUUCAAUAACAUGGAGUCAAAACAAGAAGAUUUUUAAAAUGUCCUCUGUUCCCAUGGAGCUUGCAGAACAACAGACAUCAAAAAGAUAACUGGACAAAUGACCACAUGAUUGCAGUUGGGAUAAGUGCUAAGUCUAGGGUAAUCUUCAUAUCACCUUGUGGCAUGUAUAAAGGAAGACCUUUUGCUGGUAUUUUGUAAAGCCAGUUGUCUGUGUCAUUUAUUUUAAUACGUAAAGUACACUGCCUUAUAUUGUUACAGAUCUUUUUCUCCAUAUCUGGUCUCUCCUGAAGAACAGAGUAUUCUACAUUUGUUUUAUAUGACCCCAAGGUGCUUAUGUUGCAUAUUAUUUAUAUAUUUAAUGGGUUCUUAGUAUUUUUUGAAAGAGUGAUUUCAUUAAUUAACGGCAGAUUUUAGUUAAUAUGUACAGUCUGCCACAAUAUACUUUAGGCACUUCACAGUUUUCUCAUAAACUGGUUGCUGUUUCUGUCCCGGUUUUACAUAUGACAGAGCCAAGACACAGACAAGUAGAAUGACUUGCCUGUGUGGGGGUCCUGGGUUGGCCAGUGCAUUCAUGUACUGGACCAGAGCCCCUGUAUCUUGCAGUAAUGUAUCCAUGGGAGUUUCCCCCCAGACAUUCCAAGCACACAGCUAAUCUGACAAGUGAUUUGGCGAGGGGUUGGGGGAGUAGGCGGUGGGCACAACGGUUCCAGGUGACUUUCAAGUUGCUAAUGAAAGAGGAUCAAAGCGCUGCUGAACUGCUCACCUCCCCACUUGGCCUGCCUUGCCCAGCUGACUUUCUUCCAAGGGCCUCAGUGGCAGCAUUACCACAGCCAUUAAAGAUGGGGAUGGGGAAAGAAGGCCCAGAGGGAAAGGGAACCACAUGCUUACGUGCUAGUCACUGCCCUGCAGCUGAAACACUGCAGAGCUGGCUGCUGUGGCAUAGGAGAGGAAGGCCUCAUUUAAUCAGGAGAAGAAAGAGAACCAGGGGCCUCUGAGAUGGCCUGCCAGGCAUCACGGUCUGUGAACUGCAGGACUGCCUGGAAAUGCAUUGUCAGAGUAGAGUGAUGCUUUGUAAAUCUCUUGUCUUCCCUAAUUCCUUUUUCCUGACGGAAGUCAGGCCAAGAUGCUCACCCGGAAGAGCACAGCAUCACCCUGUCUUUCAAUCCCCAAAGUAGCCCUUACCCCUAGACAGCAACAUCAUCUGUUACAAUUGACAGCACGAAGGAAGGCAUAACCCCUGCAAAGGGACUGCCCUACAACUCAAUUUGAUUUUGAAUCCACAAGUGCAAGUCUCAUUCCUGGUAACUAAUAGUAACAGAACCUGCUGAUGUAUUCUACCGCAUCCCAGGGAGACUCAUGUAGCCAUGAAGAUUGAAGAGGAUUAAGUUAACCUUCCGUUUUAUAGCUGGAAAUUACUGGGUUGAUGUCAGGUAGGGUGAGGAGUAUGUUCUGGUUAUAGCUGGUAGCAAGAUGGCUGCAUGCAUCAUGAGGCUUUGGCCUAAAAAGCUUGUCAUUAUAUAAAAAAGCUGUAGAGAGCAGAGGAAAUGUCAUUUCCAAUUUAGAGGAGCAUAAUUGAUUUUUGACAGAUUGGUCCUUAGGUGAUACAGAAUUCAACAAAAAUGGGGCUUAUAAAAAGCCAGGGUUCAUAAAAUUACAAAGAUUAUAGACAAAAAUAGAUAACAUAUAAGACUUACCAGCUGGGCAAGGUAGCUGAAGCUUGUAAUCCCAGCACUUUGGGAGGCCGAGGCAGGCAGAUCACCUGAGGUCAGGAGUUCUAGACCAGCCUGACCAGCAUGGUGAAACCCCAUCUCUACUAAAAAUAGAAAAAAAUUAGCCAGGUGUGGUGGCGGGCGUCUGUAAUUUCAGCUACUCAGGAGGUUGAGACGGUUGAGAAUUGCUUGAACCCGGGAGUGGAGGUUACAGUGAGCCUAGACUGCGCCAUUGCACUCUAGCCUGGGUGACAAGAGCGAAACUACGUUUCAAAUAAUAAUAAGACCAUUUGCCAGGUCCUGUGCAAAGCACUCUAUCUCAUUUAAUCUCUAGGAAACCCCAUAAAGUACUAUUAUCCCAUUUCACAGAUAAAGAAACUGAAGCUCAGAGACGUUUAGUUGCUUGCCUGUGGAUAUAACACUAGAGAGUGGGAGAGCACAGUAUUUGAACCCAGGAGGUCUGAUGCUGGAGGUCAUGUUUUUAACCCCAUCUCUGUAUUGCCUGCCCAAGUGCUGGCUGUGUGCAUGUAUUCUCAAUAAUCCCUGGCCAACUUCCUGCUUUGCUGUCAGUAGCAGAGCUGAGGAACUUACAAUUGACGGCAGAGGGCGUCCAGAGUCACUAUUUUUAAAAGGUGCUAGUUUUCAAAAGCAUUUCUGGAAUUCAGAGAGAACAGAGGUCCACAUAGCAGGCUAGACAGGAAAGGUAGUUGUAGAUAGACUUUAGGGAAUAUAUAGAAUAUUGCCUUCACGCAGGUUAAGAAAUAUUUAGUGUUGAAAGGAUACUUUUAAAAGAGAGAAAGCAGUAAAGUUGAUCCUCUACAGAAAGUAGACCAACGUAAGUAUCAUGCAAUGUGUCCAUGUGCGUGUACACGCGAGCACACAUGCACACACACAUUAGAUGUUUUGUGAGAAAACAUACACUCAGUUUCUUAAGAAAGAAAAAGGAUGGUCAUUUGUCUCACUUGGGAAAGGGUUUCCUCCCAAAUUGAGAAGGAAAAUUCCCCCAAUUAACUGUUUGCCUUUAUUAACUAAAAUCACAUUUGUGUGUGAAAGAAGUAAAAAGGAAUUAGGAUCUUGGUUAUUUUGAUUGUCUCUCUACCCUUCCAAAUUCAUCAAAUGAUAGUCAACCUGACUGUCUCUUCCUGCCAUCAUCAGGAAUGACUAAUCUUGGAGCGUUCUCCAUUUAAGUGAGGGAAAUGUUGGCUUCCCGGUGUAUUUAUCACUGCCCAUCUCUAAGAAUAGGUCAAAGAUGAAAUUCCCAUUAUCAUGAGCCUUUAAUAUAUAUUGAGACUUCACAGAGCACUAACUAUACUGGGGCUGGGAUGGGGAUUCUGAUGAGAGAUAUCCCUGACAGAGACCAGAGCUCAGGAGGAAGAAAGGACAGAUGCCCUUGUUCAAGAUGACUUCUUCAUGGGCAUCGAUAGAUACAUUCUUGAAAACCACCCAAAAUACCUGAAGGAGACCCUAGUGCAACUGUGCAUUGUACAACAACUGAUGGGGUAAAAGAAACAAACUGUUAAUGACUCUAAACAAUGUGGCCUGCAGAGUUGGUGUGGUUUGGCCACACCAGCUCAGGGAUAAAGGUACUAGAAAAAAUCCUGGGGAAAAUCCUAUUGUACAUAUUCCUUACAUAAUGUCUGUGAUUUACCUCACUUAUCAAAUGAAAAAAAACCAAAACACCUGGUUGAUGGCCAUUUGGUCAAACACCUCUAGGAGUCUGGAGUUGAGUGGCCAGAACUCAGUCUUUCUUUACAUGCUGUGUUAAGCAGGCUUUUAUCUCAUUCAAGUGUUAGAGGUGGAGUGAGGAACACAGUUAGGCUGUGUUCUACUGCACUGCAUAGGGAGGCAGGGUAUCACCCAGGCACAACACCCACUUUGCAAGUAAAUAAUCAGUAGCAUGAAGCUCACUCCUCUAGGACCCACCAUGACAAAGUGGAGAGCUGGGCGGUUAACCAGUGAACCAAUUGAGUGGCUCUGGGCACCUAUACCCCUUUCAUUCCACAGCCUGUGAUACACCCUUAGAGUCAAAAUAUCAAAUUCAGUGGGCCACGAGUCUUGCCCAAAAGUAUAAAUCUUUUUUUCAUAUGGACUAUUUGGGUCUGUUUUCAAAAAUCCCUUUUUCUUCUCCAAACUAUCUCAAUUCCACAUUUCACUUUGCAGGUGUAGACAUGACUUUUAGGUUGUUGAUGAUUUAAUGCUAUUGAAAUGUUCUUAGAUGCAAAACACCUAGAUAGAUGCAGAGUGGGGGACAAAGACAACCAGCACAUUGCUAAGCCCAAGUAGCAAAUUUCCUGACCCCAUUUUAAAGGUUCUGAGACAAAUAGGCGGAAUAGGUCCCCAUGUCUUUGAGUAGAAGAGUUGGCAAGCAAGCUGGACUAGAAUGGGCCGUGUGCAAUUUUGCCGUCUGUUCACAUUUCAGAUAAACUAAUGUGUUAUGA